AUUCCCAACCUCUGUGAAGUGAUAAACAGGGCCAGUCCCACGAAUGAUGUCUCUCACACCUAGAAGGGAAUAAGAAAAUGAUUCCAAAAAUUUCCUACAUACUUUCCCCCAAACAGCCCAGAAGUUAAAAGUGCCUCUGGCACUGCAUGAAUUUGUUUUGUACUUUGGGAGCUCAAGAGCUGAAGAAAUCCAACACAAUUACUACGGGUGGACUUGACAGCAAUGGACCACCCUCAGCUGUAUCUUCCAGAGUCUUUUAAGGGUGUCUGUGGAAGACGUGGUCAGUACCGAAGACUCCAGCAACCCAGAAAGAAAAAUGGCCCAUUCAAAAGGAAGGGGAUUGAAAGAUGGCAUAGAGCUGUGUCCACCAACUUAGUAAAACAAAAUGUCUUGAUCCCCAAAGAGGAAUCAUCUGGUGAUAGCGACAUGGAAUUUCAUGAAAGCCAGCAAAAUAAAAAAAAAAAUCUGAUGAAGAAAGUGAAGACUGUUUUGGGAAGGAUGCUGUCCUACAAAUGUAGAAGCAAGUUGGCAAGUGUCAGCAGAGGGGCCUCUACUAACCAUAAGGAAACCUUUUCAAACACACAGGGCCUUCUUCCCAGAAUUGUCAAGGAACUUCCAUCCCCCAGGUUAUUUACUAAACCAAGAAUGAGAAAGCUGUCACAGAAUGCGACUAUACAACUUGAUGUUGUAGAAGCAGAGACAGAGGAGAUAACCCGAGGAAGUACACUGCUCCGGGCCAGGAGAACCACGAAGCGGUUAUCUGUGACAUCCCUUCCUUCGGGACUGCAAAAGGUUCCGUAUUCAUCAAAAAAGAGAUCACACUUUCCAGCACUUAAAAAAAAGAAACCUAGCAUGGGAAACAUCCUCCGAAAAUCAGACUUGACAGUAGGAAAACUUCAAAUGCAGGUGGAUGACCUCAUAGAAACAGUGACAGAUAAAUCCAUGCAGUUAUUGGCCCAAAGACACGCUGAGCUUCAACAGUGUGAAUUUCUAGGGGACGAAAUUCUUCAGUCUUCGAAGCAAUUCCAGAGGAUAUCCAAGAGAACCAUGAGGAAGUAUAAAUUGAAAAACGUGUGUUUCCCAUGUACCUGCUGCUGCUUCUGAUUUGCUCCUGACUUCAUAAAAGUUAUUUUUUAUAGGAAUUCUUAUCUUUUGGUACAUAAUCCUGAAUAAAUCUCUCUAGUGAAUUAAUCAGUUGGGGAGAUGGACAUUUCUUAGAAUAUUCUACCCAACAGUCCUUAAAAAAAAAUCCUUUUUUUGAAAAAUUGAUUUUUAAUUCUGAGUCAAUGUUAGUAAAUUUUUGCUUCAUAAUUCUUACUAAUAUUGGAAAACAGAAAUACUUAUUAGGGCAUAGCAACUCUGCAAAGAAAUUUCUCCCAGGAUUUGCCAGAUGAAAUUAGAGGAAGCAUUUAAAGGUAUUAUGACACUUUUAAUAUGACUACUACUGAGCUAAAUUUAAACUUUCAUACUUAUAAAGAUAAGAAUUCUUAUUAAAAUUACAAAAAUGUAACACUGUUUAAGGUAUGAUUCAUGCAAAGAGUCAUGCUUUCCGAACUAAAACAAGUGGGUAAGGGUGGAACCUAACAAGUAUUGAACAUUAAAUUCACUACUUAAGAAAAUUACAACUGAUUCAGCCUUAGCUCAAUUGUUAGGAUCAUUAAAUCCUUCAUGCAAGAUUG